UGCAUCACAUGAUUCACACGUGCGACGAAGGAGUAAACCACCCCUUCUUUCUUAAUAAUAAACAACCAAAACGCCAAAAACCCCGAAAAGCAAGACCAGAGCUCUCUCUUUGUAGUCGUCUUCAAAAACUCUGAUGGCGUUGAACAACGGUCUCAGAUCCGCUUCAAAGUUAUUAGCCGCUUCUGAAUCAGUUUUACAUAAGUCAGUGAACAGAGGGUUCCACUCUACCGGCGUGAAGAGAAUGGGAGGAGGUCAUGGACAUGGCCAUGAUGAACCAUUCUAUCUUCAUGCAAAGCACAUGUACAACCUGGACAGGAUGAAAUAUCAGAAAAUAAAAAUGCCUCUUUUCGUCUUCACUGCCUUCAGCAUUGGUGUGAUUGUUCCUGUCUACGCUGUCAUUUUCCAGCAGAAAAAGACUGCUUCUGCCUAAGUCAUGAUGCGAAGCUUUGAUGCAAUAAUAGGAACAAGUUUGGAAAUCAUUUCUUGAUGACUUUUUUUUAUGCUAUUUUUGCUGCUAGCUUUCAAUGUUUUUAACGGUUGGCAAAUAGGGUCUUGAAACUUCAAUCUUUUUAUAAUAAUUUUCUUGCGGUAACAAACAGUGAAUCAUGGGUUCGUAUCCUUUGCUUUGUUUAAUAAGCCUAACCUGUUGCUUUGGAACGAAUUCUUAUAUUUAGCAAGAUUAGUUUAUGCAAUGUGGUUCUGGUGAAGUUGCAUUUUGGUUUAGAAA